UCCUGGUCCAGAGGUUUUCCCUGUAUAUAUGUCCUGGUCCAGAGGUUUUCCCUGUAUAUUUCUGUAUAUAUGUCCUGGUCCAGAGGUUUUCCCUGUAUAUUUCUGUAUAUAUGUCCUGGUCCAGAGGUUUUCCCUGUAUAUUUCUGUAUAUAUGUCCUGGUCCAGAGGUUUUCCCUGUAUAUUUCUGUAUAUAUGUCCUGGUCCAGAGGUUUUCCCUGUAUAUUUCUGUAUAUAUGUCCUGGUCCAGAGGUUUUCCCUGUAUAUUUCUGUAUAUAUGUCCUGGUCCAGAGGUUUGUGUGUGUGGCUAUGUCCGUGGCUGUGCAGUGUGUGUGUGUGUGGCUAUGUCCGUGGCUGUGCAGUGUGUGUGUGUGUGUGUGUGGCUAUGUCCAUGGCUGUGCAGUGUGUGUGUGGCUAUGUCCAUGGCUGUGCAGUGUGUGUGUGGCUAUGUCCAUGGCUGUGCAGUGUGUGUGUGUGUGGCUAUGUCCAUGGCUGUGCAGUGUGUGUGUGUGGCUAUGUCCAUGGCUGUGCAGUGUGUGUGUGUGUGUGUGGCUAUGUCCAUGGCUGUGCAGUGUGUGUGUGGCUAUGUCCAUGGCUGUGCAGUGUGUGUGUGUGGCUAUGUCCAUGGCUGUGCAGUGUGUGUGUGUGUGGCUAUGUCCAUGGCUGUGCAGUGUGUGUGUGUGUGGCUAUGUCCAUGGCUGUGCAGUGUGUGUGUGUGGCUAUGUCCAUGGCUGUGCAGUGUGUGUGUGUGUGUGGCUAUGUCCGUGGCUGUGCAGUGUGUGUGUGUGGCUAUGUCCAUGUCUGUGCAGUGUGUGUGUGUGUGGCUAUGUCCGUGGCUGUGCAGUGUGUGUGUGUGGCUAUGUCCAUGGCUGUGCAGUGUGUGUGUGGCUAUGUCCAUGGCUGUGCAGUGUGUGUGUGUGGCUAUGUCCAUGGCUGUGCAGUGUGUGUGUGUGUGGCUAUGUCCAUGGCUGUGCAGUGUGUGUGUGGCUAUGUCCAUGGCUGUGCAGUGUGUGUGUGUGGCUAUGUCCAUGGCUGUGCAGUGUGUGUGUGGCUAUGUCCAUGGCUGUGCAGUGUGUGUGUGUGUGGCUAUGUCCGUGGCUGUGCAGUGUGUGUGUGUGUGUGGCUAUGUCCAUGGCUGUGCAGUGUGUGUGUGUGUGGCUAUGUCCAUGGCUGUGCAGUGUGUGUGUGUGUGUGUGGCUAUGUCCAUGGCUGUGCAGUGUGUGUGUGCACACUGUUAA